CGUUUUCUCGCUAUAAAUACAGACAAUUGUUGAAGGCUAAUCAAAUUGUUAGCAACAAUUACAUCGAAUACAACUUAAAUCAUGUCAGGCAUUCCAUCACAAUUAGUAAUCGUGACAGAGGAUCCGGUCAGUAUUCCAAUUCAGACGGCUUUGAUAAUCAUGAGGGAGCUAAAUGUAUUUGGUGUUAAAGAUAUCUCGUUGGAGAAAGACCGGAUCUUUAUUAUGCUUUCGUACACACCCAAUUCUAAACACCUGAAGAGAAAAUUUGGAAAUCUUCCAAUCCGUUACAUGAGGACAAAGAUUCAAUCCGAGGAAGAAUUCCAGAAAGUGGAAGAAGCGGUAAAAGGAUACCGUUUCAACCUACUUGAUGAUGAAUACGAGGAGUUCGAAAAGCAGCAACAGAUACAGACAAAUUCCGGUAUAAAGAGAACGCUGUACAUCCAGGGAACAGACCAUCAAUCAGCAAAUAAGAAAUCCAAACCCAGUACAAGUACAAGCAGUACUGCUGUGGUGGAGUUGCAGGAUGAAGAUGAUGACUAUGAGGACAUCGAGCAUUUUAUAACUCAGAGGACAGCACAAUGAAAAAUCCUCUGAUGUGUGGUCCUCUGAGGAGUAGAGAGAAGAGAUAGAACUUUAAUUAUAUAAAAUAGAGCUAUUAAAUAUAAUGUAAGGUAAUUUAUAUAAUGUUGAAUAGAUUAGCUUAAUUUUACUAAAAUACUUUUUAAUGUUA